GCUCUGGGAAUCGCCGGCGGACGGCGCGAUCCUCCUCACCGGAGACCCCGGGGACUGGGGCUUGACCCUGGCGUGCAGCGAUCCCUCCCUCAGAGCAGCAGUUUUGUGCUGAUCUAGCACAAACAUGUUUCGGAAUAGUCUCAAGAUGCUUCUUACUGGUGGGAAAUCAAGUCGUAAAAACAGGUCAAGUGAUGGAGGGAGCGAGGAAGCACCGGAUCGAAGACAGUCGAGUGUAGAUUCUCGCCAAAGUCGCUCUGGGCAAGGUGGCAUCUCCACAGAAAGCGACUGUGCUUUUGAGCCCGACUAUGCCGUCCCAACACUUGCAGUGAGUGAAGGUGAUGCUGAGCAGGAGCUGGGACCCCCUCCAUCUGUAGAUGAGGCAGCAAACACACUCAUGACUCGCCUGGGUUUCCUCCUUGGAGAGAAAGUCACAGAAGUUAUGGAAGUUCAGGAUGAAAAUCAGACCUCAGCCAUCACCCAGCGGAUAAGUCCCUGCUCCACCCUGACUAGCAGCACUGCCUCUCCACCAGCCGGUAGUCCCUGCUCCACCCUCCCACCUGUUAGUACAAACGCAACUGCCAAGGACUGCAGCUAUGGCGCUGUCACCAGUCCGACCUCCACCCUUGAGAGCAGAGAUAGCGGCAUCAUUGCUACAUUGACAAGCUAUUCUGAAAAUGUUGAACGCACAAAGUAUGUUGGGGAAAGCAGUAAAGAACUGGGAUCUGGAGGAAACCUAAAACCGUGGCAGUCUCAAAAAUCCAGCAUGGACUCCUGUUUGUAUCGAGUAGAUGAAAAUAUGACUGCUUCCACCUAUAGUCUGAAUAAAAUCCCAGAGAGGAAUUUGGAAACAGUGUUAUCUCAAUCAGUGCAGUCUAUACCUUUGUAUCUUAUGCCAAGGCCGAAUUCAGUAGCAGCCACCAGCUCUGCCCACUUGGAGGACCUGGCUUACCUGGAUGAGCAGAGACACACACCCUUGAGAACCUCUCUUCGAAUGCCAAGACAGACUAUGGGUGGUGCACGCACACAGCAGGAUCUAAGAGUUCGCUUUGCACCAUAUAGGCCUCCAGAUAUUUCCCUGAAGCCUCUGCUCUUUGAAGUGCCCAGCAUCACCACCGAGUCCGUGUUUGUUGGCCGGGAUUGGGUUUUCCAUGAAAUAGAUGCUCAACUUCAGAGUUCGAAUGCCAGCGUGAACCAGGGAGUCGUGAUCGUGGGGAACAUUGGUUUUGGCAAAACAGCUAUCAUCUCCAGACUCGUGGCGCUCAGCUGCCAUGGGACCCGCAUGAGACAGAUCGCCUCAGACAGCCCACACGCCUCCCCCAAACAUGUGGAUGCCAACCGAGAGCUACCACUCACACAGCCACCUUCGGCCCACUCAUCUAUCACCAGUGGAAGCUGCCCAGGGACUCCAGAAAUGCGCAGACGACAGGAGGAGGCUAUGCGAAGACUAGCCUCACAGGUGGUUGCCUAUCACUAUUGCCAAGCAGAUAAUGCCUAUACCUGCCUGGUGCCAGAAUUUGUCCACAAUGUUGCUGCCCUGCUCUGCCGCUCGCCUCAGCUGACAGCCUAUCGGGAACAGCUUCUGCGAGAGCCUCACCUGCAGAGCAUGCUGAGCCUUCGGUCCUGUGUUCAAGACCCCAUGGCCUCCUUCCGGAGGGGAGUCCUAGAGCCUCUAGAGACUCUGCACAAAGAGAGAAAAAUCCCAGAUGAAGAUUUCAUCAUUUUAAUUGAUGGAUUAAAUGAAGCAGAAUUUCACAAACCGGAUUAUGGGGAUACAAUUGUAUCAUUUCUGAGUAAAAUGAUUGGAAAAUUUCCUUCUUGGCUCAAACUAAUUGUAACAGUUAGGACCAGUUUACAGGAAAUUACCAAGCUGCUGCCUUUCCAUAGGAUUUUUUUGGAUCGACUAGAAGAAAAUGAAGCCAUAGACCAGGACCUGCAGGCUUAUAUCCUGCACCGGAUACACAGCAGCUCAGAGAUCCAGAAUAACAUUUCACUUAAUGGCAAAAUGGAUAAUACCACAUUUGGCAAACUGAGUUCUCAUCUCAAGACCCUAAGUCAAGGUUCCUACCUGUACCUGAAACUCACGUUUGACCUCAUAGAGAAAGGCUACCUAGUGCUAAAGAGCUCCAGCUACAAAGUAGUUCCUGUUUCACUCUCCGAAGUGUAUUUACUCCAGUGCAAUAUGAAGUUCCCUACGCAGUCUUCCUUCGACCGGGUGAUGCCUCUCCUGAAUGUGGCGGUGGCCUCUUUGCACCCGCUGACCGAUGAGCACAUCUUCCAGGCCAUUAACGCUGGCAGCAUUGAAGGCACGCUGGAGUGGGAGGAUUUCCAGCAGAGAAUGGAGAACCUCUCCAUGUUCCUGAUCAAGCGCAGAGACAUGACCCGUAUGUUUGUGCAUCCUUCUUUCCGAGAAUGGCUUAUCUGGAGAGAAGAAGGAGAGAAAACCAAAUUUCUCUGUGAUCCCAGGAGUGGCCACACCUUGCUUGCCUUUUGGUUUUCCCGUCAAGAGGGAAAACUAAACCGACAACAGACUAUUGAACUGGGACAUCACAUCCUCAAAGCACACAUUUUCAAGGGUUUGAGUAAAAAAGUUGGAGUGUCAUCUUCCAUUCUCCAAGGCCUCUGGAUCUCCUACAGCACAGAAGGCCUUUCCAUGGCGUUGGCGUCUUUACGGAAUCUCUACACUCCAAAUAUAAAAGUGAGCCGACUUCUGAUUUUGGGAGGUGCCAAUAUUAAUUAUCGAACAGAGGUUCUAAAUAACGCUCCGAUCCUGUGUGUCCAGUCUCAUCUCGGUUACACAGAAAUGGUAGCCUUGUUGUUGGAGUUCGGGGCCAACGUGGACGCCUCUUCGGAAAGUGGCCUGACUCCCCUGGGCUAUGCUGCAGCGGCAGGCUUCCUCAGCAUUGUGGUGCUCCUGUGCAAGAAACGUGCCAAGGUGGAUCACUUGGAUAAGAACGGGCAGUGUGCUUUGGUCCAUGCUGCACUCCGAGGUCAUCUGGAGGUUGUCAAGUUUCUAAUUCAAUGUGACUGGACAAUGGCUGGACAGCAGCAAGGAGUGUUUAAGAAAAGCCAUGCCAUUCAGCAAGCCCUCAUUGCUGCAGCCAGCAUGGGUUACACUGAGAUUGUCUCCUACCUACUUGAUCUUCCAGAGAAAGAUGAAGAGGAAGUGGAACGAGCCCAGAUUAACAGCUUCGACAGUCUCUGGGGAGAGACAGCCCUGACAGCAGCGGCCGGAAGGGGCAAACUGGAGGUGUGCCGUCUGCUGUUGGAACAAGGGGCAGCAGUGGCCCAGCCAAACCGCCGAGGGGCAGUGCCUCUAUUCAGUACCGUUCGCCAAGGCCACUGGCAGAUUGUUGACCUUUUACUCACCCAUGGAGCUGAUGUCAACAUGGCAGACAAACAGGGCCGCACUCCCCUGAUGAUGGCUGCUUCGGAAGGCCAUCUAGGCACCGUGGACUUUCUACUAGCACAAGGUGCCUCCAUCGCUCUGAUGGACAAAGAAGGCCUCACGGCCCUCAGCUGGGCUUGUCUGAAGGGCCAUCUCUCAGUGGUUCGUUCUCUAGUGGAUAACGGAGCUGCCACAGACCAUGCUGACAAGAAUGGCCGCACGCCAUUGGACCUGGCGGCUUUCUAUGGUGAUGCUGAGGUGGUCCAGUUCCUGGUGGAUCAUGGGGCCAUGAUUGAACAUGUGGACUACAGCGGAAUGCGCCCUUUGGAUAGGGCAGUGGGCUGCCGGAACACUUCUGUGGUUGUCACUCUCCUGAAGAAAGGAGCCAAGAUAGGUCCAGCCACAUGGGCGAUGGCCACCUCCAAACCAGACAUCAUGAUCAUCCUGUUGAGCAAGCUGAUGGAAGAGGGUGACAUGUUUUAUAAGAAAGGUAAAGUAAAGGAAGCUGCCCAGCGAUACCAGUACGCGCUGAAGAAGUUCCCCAGAGAAGGGUUUGGUGAGGACUUGAAAACCUUCCGGGAGCUAAAGGUGUCUCUCCUUCUCAACCUCUCUCGAUGCCGCAGGAAAAUGAACGAUUUUGGAAUGGCGGAGGAAUUUGCUACUAAGGCCCUGGAGCUGAAACCGAAAUCUUACGAAGCUCACUAUGCAAGAGCAAGGGCCAAACGCAGCAGCAGACAGUUUGCAGCAGCCUUAGAGGACCUGAAUGAGGCCAUCAAGCUGUGUCCUAACAACCGUGAGAUCCAGAGGCUCCUGAUGAGAGUGGAGGAGGAGUGCAGACAGAUGCAGCAGCAGCAGCAGCAGCCGCCACCGCCGCCAUCCCCACCACAGCCGCAGCCGCAGCCGCUACCAGAGGAAGCAGAGUCCGAACCGCUGCAUGAGGAUAUAUACUUUGUGCAAGACAUAUUCGAGGAGGAGUACCUGGGACAGGAUGUGGAAAAUGUUUCCAUCGGCCUCCAGACAGAGGCACGGCCCAGCCAGGGGCUCCCCAUAAUCCAGAGCCCCCCCUCCUCUCCGGCUCCCCGGGACUCAGCGUACAUCUCCAGCUCACCUCUUGGCUCACAUCAGGUUUUUGACUUCCGAUCCAACAGUUCCGUAGGCUCUCCCACUAGACAAGGCUGUCAGGCCACUUCACCUGCUCUGUCUCCGACUCACCAGAACUCUCAUUACAGGCCUAGUCCACCACAUACCUCCCCAGCUCAUCAGGGGGCAUCUUACCGUUUCAGCCCUCCUCCAGUGGGGGGACAGGGCAAAGAAUAUCCAAGUCCGCCCCCCUCCCCACUCCGGAGAGGCCCUCAGUACCGGGCAAGCCCUCCAGCCGAAAGCAUGAGUGUCUAUCGGUCCCAGUCUGGCUCUCCUGUGCGCUAUCAGCAAGAAACCAGCGUUAGUCAGAUUCCCGGCAGACCCAAAUCUCCAUUAUCCAAAAUGGCCCAGCGACCCUACCAGAUGCCUCCGCUGCCUGUGGCCGUUCCCCAGCAAGGGCUCAGGCUACAGCCUGCCAAGGCCCAGAUCGUGAGAAGCAACCAGCCCAGCUCAGCCGUCCACUCCAGCACGGUCAUCCCCACAGGCGCCUAUGGCCAAGUAGCCCACUCCAUGGCUAGUAAAUACCCGUCUUCCCAAGGAGACAUGGGAGUGAGUCAGAGCCGAUUGGUUUAUCAAGGGUCCAUCGGAGGGAUUGUAGGGGACGGGAGACCCGUGCAGCAUGUCCAGGCCAGCUUGAGUGCUGGUGCCAUCUGUCAGCACGGCGGGUUGACCAAGGAAGAUCUUCCCCAGCGACCUUCCUCAGCAUAUCGAGGUGGCAUGAGAUACAGCCAGACGCCACAGAUCGGGCGCAGCCAGUCAGCAUCCUAUUACCCAGUGUGUCACUCAAAGCUAGAUCUAGAACGUUCCUCCAGCCAACUGGGCUCCCCCGAUGUGUCGCAUUUAAUAAGAAGACCCAUGAGUGUCAAUCCCAAUGAAAUCAAACCCCACCCACCGACUCCCAGGCCGCUGCUGCACUCCCAGAGCGUCGGCCUGCGCUUCUCCCCUUCCAGCAACAGCAUCUCCUCCGCCUCCAACCUGACUCCCACCUUCCGGCCGGCCGCCUCCAUCCAGCAAAUGGAGAUCCCGCUGAAACCGGCCUAUGAUAGGUCAUGUGAUGAGCUGUCACCCGUGUCUCCCACCCAGGCAGGCUACCCCAGUGAACCCACCCGCUCCAGGACCACACCAUUCAUGGGGAUCAUAGAUAAAACAGCCCGGACUCAACAGUACCCCCACCUCCACCAGCAGAAUCGGACCUGGGCAGUAUCAUCGGUGGAUACCGUCCUCAGCCCCACGUCUCCAGGCGGCCUGCCUCAGCCCGAGUCCUUCAGCCCCCCUUCAUCUAUCAGCAACAUUGCCUUUUAUAACAAAACCAACAACGCACAGAAUGGCCAUCUGCUGGAGGACGACUAUUACAGCCCCCACGGGAUGCUGGCCAACGGCUCCCGGGGAGACCUCUUAGAGAGAGUCAGCCAAGCUGCCUCGUACCCCGACGUGAAGGUGGCUCGGACCCUGCCCGUGGCUCAGGCUUACCAGGACAACCUGUACAGGCAGCUGUCCCGGGACUCUCGGCAGGGGCAGACAUCACCCAUCAAACCAAAGAGACCAUUUGUGGAGUCUAAUGUUUAAAGACAUCUGUAGGAGUGAGACCCGUACGUGUUCACUGCACAUUUUCAGGCUUGGUUUCCACAUUUCCGGUAGUUCCCUGGCUUAAUUUCUCAUAAAGUUCCUGUGUGGUGUUUCAGAGGCGGCAGCCCACGGGCGGAAACCCCUUGCAUGCAGCCGACCAGGAAGCUAGCCUCCAGGGCCCGGGACUUUGGUUUCUCCUGUCUGUGCCCCAGCCACGUGCUCUCUCCCUCUCCUCGGAUGAGGAGCAGGUUCCUGUGCUGUGUGCUUUAACCCAGGGAGAUCAGACACACUGGUCGUCAGCUUUUCCAGGAGACAAUCGCUUUCACUGAUGUUCUUGUUGUAUAAAUGUCUUUUUUCCUUUUUUUUUUUUUUUUUAAUGAGAUGUUCUUGUUUGUUUUCUCCUAGGAACUUUAGAAAGAGUGUUAUACCCCCUUUGCCUUUGCAUUCCUAUCCAGUGUUACCCGCUAGCCAGGCCCAGGGCACCCCCCGCCAUCGUCUCCUUCCCCCAACCACCAGCUCCCUGCAGUCGCCAGGUCUAGAAUGUUCACGUGGAUUAUUACUGGUCUUCUCAUGGAAGUAAAAAAAGAAUCAAGGAGACAGAAAAAUAAGAAAUGAA